AUGAUGAACAACUCACGCCGUCAAUUUUUUCCGUCAAAUAAGCGAAAAGGGAGAGAUGAUGCUCCUAACGUCCUGAAGAAACCGUCAACAGUGACGACUAAAACAUUGGCCAAGCCGAGCCUUCACAGACCAGCAGCAACAAAGCCGUUAGAUCAGCCGGCUUCCAGCAAUACUAAUACCCUUCUGGCUGGGUAUCUAGCCAACGAGUUUUUAACAAAGGGUACCUUAUUUGGUCAGCCUUGGGAUCCAGCUCGAGCCGAAGUGGUUCCUCUGUCAGCCGCGACAUUUAAUCAGAAGCAGUCUUCGAGUCAGAAAAUGGGAAGUGAGCCGCAAAGAAAAGCCGAGAACGAGGCUGAGAGUUAUCAGAGAUAUAUGGAAGUAUCCCAUUUGUUGAAGUCAGAUAGGGCCCAUAUACCAGGUGUAUUCAACCCGACCCAACUCGUACGGUUCUUACAAAAUGGUCAAUGA